AUGCUUCCAGCUCUUUUUUUGAUCGGUUGUUUCACCACGGUGGCAGCUUCCAAUGGCGUCAUCAAUCCAGGGGCCCCUUUAUAUGACACCGACGGGAGAAGUCUACAAGCCCAUGGCGCUGGUCUGCUUGAGGUUAAUGGCACUUACUACCUCAUUGGGGAAAACAAGACAAGAACUACCAGCAAUCCUCGAGGCAACCUAUUCAACAGUGUGGCGUGUUACAGUUCCAAAGAUCUACUCUCGUGGGAGUUUCAGAACAAUCUUCUGACAAACACCAAUCCUCACCCAGAUCUAGCGCCGGAUCGUGUGAUUGAGCGCCCAAAGGCUAUAUACAACGAGGAGACGGGCAAAUAUGUGAUGUGGAUGCACGUUGACAGUUCGGAUUAUGGGGAUGCCCGGUCUGGUGUUGCCGUGUCUGACACACCCUGUGGAGACUAUGAGUACCUCGGCAGCCUGCGACCAGAAGGCCACAUUGCUCGCGAUAUGACCCUUUUUGUUGAUGAUGACAGUACUGCCUAUCUUGUUGCUGAAGAUAGAAAAGAAGGUACCCACUUCUUCCAGCUGUCUGACAACUAUACAGUGGUUGAUUCUUUGGUCGCUACCAUUCCAUACUCAUUCAUGUCAGCACUGGAAGCACCAGCUGUUGUGAAAACUGAUGGAGUGUACUACUUCUUCGGGAGCCACUUGACUGGUUGGUCGACGAAUAACAACCAAUAUACAACGACCGAGGACCUCAAGGGAUCGUGGUCCAAACCUGCAACCUUUGCGCCAACAGGCAGUAAAACUUGCAAUUCCCAGACCACAUUCGUCUUUCGAACGGCCGCUGGCAAAUUCGUUUACAUGGGCGACAGAUGGAACAAGAAUGAGCUGGACAAGUCUGGGUAUAUUUGGGAACCGUUGGACAUUGAUGUUGAAGCAAGGAACGCUUCAAUGUCGUGCAGAACGACUUGGCAGCUGUCCGAAGUAGGACUAUAA